GCGGAAUGCUGAUGCUGGAGUGGAUGCAGGACGUGGGACGCUGAUGCUGAUGCUGGGAGACCCGCACAGUGAUGGAGCGGCGACGACGCUGAAAAGGAUGCACUAAACACCCUUGUCAAUCUGUGAGGGGCUUUUCUUACGGACACCAGGCUCUUGGGAACCUUGGGAGAUGUAUGGCAGCGCACGCGCCGUCGGCCACAUCGAGGGCAGCCCCGCUCGCUCCCCGCGGCUGCCCCGCUCUCCUCGGUUGGGCCAUCGUCGAGCCAACAGUGGCAGUUCGGGCUGCAAGACCUUAUCCAUGGAGAACAUCCAGUCCCUCAAUGCUGCCUACGCCACAUCUGGCCCAAUGUACUUGAGCGACCAUGAAGCCGUUGGCUCCACGGCUACUUACCCCAAAGGCACCAUGACGCUCGGUCGGGCCACAAGUCGAGCGAUGUAUGGCGCUCGGGUCACGGCCAUGGGCAGCACCCCUAACAUCGCCACGGCAGGAAUCCCACACGCCGACCUGCUGUCUUACGGUGACCUGGGCUCGCUGUCUAUGCUCCACCACCAGGGGACGCCGUCUGCCCUGCUGCGACAGGCGGUCAGGGGCGGUGGCGGUGAACUUUUGGAGCUCCAGGCGCAGCUACGGGACAUGCAGAGAGAAAACGAUCUCCUUCGGAGGGAGCUGGACCUGAAGGACAGCAAGCUGGGCUCCUCCACCAACAGCAUCAAGAGCUUCUGGAGCCCCGAGCUGAAGAAAGAACGUGUGAUGAGGAAAGAGGAGGCAGCGCGCACGUCUAUUCUCAAAGAACAGAUGCGGGUGACCCAUGAGGAGAAUCAGCACCUGAUGGACGCCAGGAGGACAAAGCACCUCCAGUUGACCAUUCAGGCCCUGCAGGACGAGCUGAGGACUCAACGCGACCUCAACCAUCUUCUCCAGCAGGAGAGCGGGUCACGGGCCGGUGGGGGCGAGCACUUCACCACCAUUGAGCUGACCGAAGAGAACUUCCGUCGGCUCCAAGCAGAACACGACCGUCAGGCCAAAGAGCUCUUCCUCCUGAGGAAAACGCUGGAGGAGAUGGAGCUGAGGAUCGAGACACAGAAACAGACACUGGGAGCCAGAGACGAGUCCAUAAAGAAGCUUUUGGAGAUGUUGCAGAGUAAAGGGCUUCCCCCAGCCUCAGGAAGGGCAUCAGAUGAGGAGGAGCAAGAGCGAGCCAGGCGUAUUGCAGAAGCCGAAGCUCAGCUGGGCCACCUAGAGGUGAUAUUAGACCAGAAAGAGAAGGAAAACAUCCAUCUGAGAGAGGAGCUUCAUCGCAGAAACCAGCUUCACCCAGACCCUGGAAAAACUAAAGCUCUUCAGACUAUUAUAGAGAUGAAGGACACCAAAAUCGCAUCCUUGGAGCGCAACAUUCGGGAUCUGGAGGAUGAGAUACAGAUGUUGAAGGCGAAUGGAUUGCUGAACACAGAGGAUCGAGAGGAGGAGAUCAAACAGAUGGAGGUCUACAAAAACCACUCCAAGUUCAUGAAGACCAAGAUUGACCAGCUCAAGCAGGAGCUCUCGAAAAAAGAAUCUGAGCUUUUAGCUCUGCAAACAAAACUGGAAACUUUGAAUAAUCAGAAUUCAGACUGCAAACAGCAUAUUGAAGUGCUCAAAGAGUCCCUCACUGCCAAAGAGCAACGCGCUGCCAUCCUUCAAACAGAGGUGGACGCUCUUCGAUUGCGUCUGGAGGAGAAGGAAUCGUUCCUUAAUAAGAAGACGAAGCAAUUGCAAGACUUGACCGAGGAGAAGGGAACACUGGCUGGGGAAAUCAGAGACAUGAAAGACAUGCUGGAAGUCAAAGAACGCAAGAUCAACGUCCUGCAGAAGAAGAUUGAAAACCUUCAGGAGCAGCUGAGGGAUAAAGAUAAACAGCUCGGGAAUCUAAAGGACAGAGUGAAGUCUCUCCAGACGGACUCUAGCAACACCGAUACUGCCCUCGCCACGCUAGAGGAAGCUCUGUCUGAGAAGGAGCGAAUUAUUGAGCGCCUGAAAGAGCAAAGAGAGAGGGAAGACCGAGAGAGACUAGAGGAGGUGGACUCAUAUAAAAAAGAGAAUAAAGACCUGAAAGAAAAGGUGAACUCUUUACAGCUGGAGCUAACAGAGAAAGAGUCGAGUCUCAUAGAUUUAAAAGAACACGCCUCCUCACUGGCCUCAUCGGGUCUCAAGAAAGACUCCAAACUCAAGUCUCUUGAGAUCGCAAUCGAGCAGAAGAAAGAGGAAUGCAAUAAAUUGGAGACACAGUUACAAAAGCAAGCAGAGCAGCUGUUCAGUCAAAUGAACAAUCCCAAGGCCCAUGAGGUGGAGGUGCAGCAAAGCUCACGUGGGAACCCAGAGUAUGUGGACCGGGUCAAACUUCUGGAGAAGGAGGUGUCCUUCUACAAAGAGGAGUCCAGCAAAGCCCAGAGCGAGGUCGAGAGGUUACUGGAGAUUCUGAGAGAGGUGGAGACGGAGAAAAAUGACAAGGAUAAGAAGAUCGCAGAACUGGAGAGUCUUGCUCCCAGGCAAACCAAGGAUCAAAAUAAAAAGGGCCCAGGCAUCAAGCUUGGCCCUCAGAUGGACAAGAAAGGGCCUGGGAACAUCUUGCAAGACCAGCGCAAGGAUAAUCCAAUGGACAACCCAAAGAUGGAGGAGUUGAUGAAUGUUUUGGAGAAGACGAGGCAGGAGUUGGAUGCCACCAAGCAGCGUCUGUCCUCCACCCAACAGUCUCUGGCUGAGAGAGACGGCCAUCUGACCAAUCUCCGACAGGAGCGCAGAAAACAGCUCGAGGAGAUCUUAGAGAUGAAACAACAGGCUCUGCUCGCUGCUAUCAGUGAGAAGGAUGCUAACAUUGCUUUGCUGGAGCUGUCCUCCUCCAAUAAGAAGAAGACACAAGAGGAAGUGCUGGCCCUGAAAAGAGAGAAGGACAGACUGAUGCAUCAGCUCAAACAACAGACACAGAGCAGGAUGAAACUGAUUGCUGACAACUACGAGGAUGACCAUUACCACCCUCACGCUCCACCUCCCCACAUGCAGCCUCAACCCCUUCAUCCUCAACCCCAACCCCAGCCCCCGUACCCUCAGGCCCAGCACCCCCACCAGCCUCCUUACCCACAUGCGCCCCAUCCCCAACACCCGCAGCCUCCUCCCCACCACCAACAACACCCGCAGCAGCCCCCCCAGCCUCAAUACCCCCACCCGCAACACCCCCAACACCCUCAACACCCACAACACCCACAACCGCCUGGCCCACACCCACACCAGCCCAGACCUCAACCACCCCACCUUCAACACCCUCAACACCCUCAGCACCCUCAUCCCGGGGUCCCUCCGCAGCAACAGCAGCAGCAGCAGCAGCAUCCACACCCCCAGCACCCUCACGGACCCCCGCCUCAGCAGGGCCCCCACCCUCAACCCAUCCCACACCCGCAGCAGCACCCCCAUCACCCCCCGCACCCCGGCCAACAGGGCCCCCACCCUCGACACCCUCCGCCACACCAUCGGGGUCCAGGCCGUGGACCGCCUCAUCCCGGACACCGCCCUGCCCCAGACCAGGAUGAUGAAGAAGGAAUUUGGGCAUAACCAUACCAAAGCUAUGAUGUUGUUUUAUGGGAUAAUUCAGUCACUAAUGGAGGAGCACAGCCAUGCCAUUCAGAUGAAAUUCUACAUUGUUCACUUGGCCAGUCUUUACCUACAAUCAGAUUCACUCUUUUGGAUGGGGCCAUUUAUUUCCAUGCAUUAAGGAAAGAGGCGGAGCAUUAGUGUGAGUGGGAGGGCCAAAGCUGGAGAAGACCACCUGAGCAGAUGAUUAAAAAAAGUAUAAAUGGGAGUCUGGACUGAACAAACAGUCACUUCCUGGUGCAGUCCCUUUUUCUAAAGACAUUUGCCUUGAAGACUCUCAAUGCUCAAAUCAAAAUGAGACACUGCAGCUGCUUCUUGUUGUCUGGUUUCCACAUGCGACCAGUGCGUGCAUCAGGCUGGCCCCUCCCCUUCUCCAAAUUGCCCCGCCCACUCUGAUCUAGCUCCACCUCUUCAAUGAGGCAACAAGUCAGCUUGCACUCAUUCAAGCCUUGACUCUGUCAGUCAUUUCUCUGCUUUUUAUGUGAAAAUCCAAUGUAAAAUAAUACCAUCCUAUUAACUUAAUUUUUAACCUUUUUUGUUUUACAAGCACAUCUGCAUUUGCAGUUGAAAUCUUAAAAGGGCAACUGUUGCCUGCCUUCAAUUGUUUAGGUUUUAUUAUAUGUGCUACACAUAUAUGCACUUAGGUUUAAAUAUGCAUGUUAUUUCUGUGCCACAUUUAGCCUCCAUUGUAGGUCUUUAAUGUAUAUUGGACCUUAUAGAGGUGGUAUCUGUCGCGUCUUUAGAGUUACCUCAGAGGUAGUCUACUCUAUGCAGAGUUCAUUUCGUCUCACUGAUUAUAACGCACAUAACAUACACCAUGCUCACCUUUCUUUUUGCUUGUGCUCCUCUCCAAACUCCAAGCCUGGUUUGCGUGUUAGCUCCCAUGCACCUAUGCACCUCCACCCCUUAAAACAGGGAACGUUUCUAAUGGUGCUUCAACUGGUGCUCAGGCCCAAAAGAGAUGGAGACAGCCAUGGCUACAAUCAUUUCGGACAUCAACUGAUCUGUAACACUCCCUACUACAUCCAUGGCGCCAUCAUCGGAAGAUAAUUGAGAUGGUUUCCCAAGCAACUGCUGCAGGUUGUAGUUGUAUGUCCCACAAAAUGAAUUUAGUCAAGAUGUCUGUUGACAAGGCCAGUCCAACCUGAGUGUCCCAUAAAGGGAAUGUCCUAUCUCCUUUAACAAACCGCCCCACCAGGUACUGGCGGAGCUACCGCAGAUUUCUCGUAACGUCUCAACAUGGUGGCGAGUGCCUAUUUAUAAAUAGAUAGUAGAUAUAUAGAUAGAGAAAUACUAGCUAAAUAAAGUGUCUACUGUGGUCAGACUAUUGUGUCAGAAAUCAAAGGAAACUUCUUUUCCGGUGUGUUUGAGUUGUGUGUGUUAUCACUGUCUGUUUGGCCCUCGCACUGCUCCCGUUACAAGAUAUUGGCACUGGGGUCUAUGCAAAAAACUAACGAAAAAGUCUUUUGCUGAACGUUUGGAAUUUCUUGAUCUUCAGCUAGAAAAAGCGUUGUAUAGAAUAUGUUGCACCUCACAAAAAGAACAAAAAAAUUCAAACGGCAAUGAGUUCUGAGCAAAACUCCUGCAGCGCAGUGAACUGAAACUUGCACUUGAGGGUAAAGCUGAAUUUACGCUGAAAGAAAACAGCAGUCUUGGCGAACUGUGGCUAAUUUUAUCACUGUCAGUGUGAAGGUGGAUUGUUCACCAAAAAAUGAAAAUCAUCAUUUAUUCACCCUCAUGUUGUUCCAAGCCUGUAUUACUUUCUUCAGUGGAACACAAAACCAAACUGUUUCGAUUUGCAUUGACUUCCAUUGUAUUGUCAUUAGAUUCAAUGGGAACCAAAAUGUAUUCAAAAUUGAUUCUUUUGUAUUCCACAUAAGAAAGUAAGUCAUACAGGUUUGGAACGACAUGAGGGUGAGUAAAUGAUGACAAUUUUCAUUUUGGGGUGAACUAUCCCUUUAAGAAACAUCAACAUAGUUCAAAUGGAAGAUUACGUUAAGAUGGCUGAUAUGUUAACAGUUGUUUUGCAUCAUCUUAUGUGUCACCAUCUCACUGCUGUUGUCUGUAGUUGUGGAGUUUACAUUAGGACUUUGGCAAAGCCCAAAAUAUAUAUAGCCAAGAUCUGACUGUUAAAAUGACCUGUUUGUGCUUCCAUGUUGCGUUUAACGUUCUCAUUAUUCAGAGUUCCAGAACCUCACGUGUCUCUGUUCUGGAACGUUCCGUAACGCCAUCCUUAAGAUACGUUCACAUACUGCCGGAAUUAUCGCAAUUAAAAGAUUCUAUUCUGAGAUGUUUGUUUCUUUGGGCUCAGAAAUUCAUUUUUAUUAGAAUGCUCAAAUCUUGAGGAACAAAAAAGUGCAUUCUGCAACUUAAAAUGACGAAACUAUAUGGUAAGUUAAAGGUAAUUGUUGAGGUCGCUCACGUUUUGUUUGUUAUGAACGCGUCACAAUGAGUAAGUUGAACUUGAAAAUUACUAGUCAGAAACUUUCCGGUAAUUCUGCCAUGACAUGAACGCAUCGUUGUCACUCGGCUCUAGAAUAUUCCUACGUUGCUAUCUUGAACAUUUAACUAUUGUGGUUGAUGAACACAGAUCCAGAAUAUGUCCACCGUGUGAAUACUGCUCCGUCUUGGAUGUUUCUGAGUCCAGUUUCAAACACCAGAAAAGUGUUUGAUCUGAUAUUCUAAUAUUUAUGUCUGUCUGUCUACCUGUCUGUCUGUUGUGCAAGUCUAUAAUUGUACUAUUAGGCAAAGCAAGAGGACAAAAAAAAAAAAAAAAAAAGACGUCAGACUUUACCUUCUUGGAGACAUAUUGCAGUCCUCCACCUUCAGGACCUUUUACUACUGAAUACUUGAAGUAGGGGGGUGAUCUCCUGCCUUGGGAAGAGAUAUAUUAUACAGAACAAAGAAAAAAAAGAGAAAUGUUGACUUAUGUGGUAAUGAUGCAUGAUUAUGUACAUUAUGUGCCAACUCUGGGCUGUGGUGAAGACAGGUCUAAUAGAUCUCUAUACGCAGAAAUAAAUAAUUAAAGAAAGAAGUUUCAGCCCUGUAGGGUCUAUAUCAAAGGACCUCUGGUUUGAGCAAAGGUCCAAAAUAAAGAGAACAAAAAAUUAAGAUUUCUCUCUAUAUUUAUAUUUGUUGUGUGCCAGUUGCAUUGUUUCUUUUAUUUCAUGAUGUCAAAAAAAUGCAAACCUCUGGAUGAUACAAACCACUGUGACAAAUGCCAGAAAAGAAAUAGUAAUUCUAAGAAACAUUGUUUUUACUUUUUUAAGAUAUUUAUUUGUUAUGUUUUUUUAUGGUUCAUGCUUUUUUUGAAUAUGUCAGUUUGGGACUGUAAGAUUUGUACAUUAGUUUACUUUUCUUUUUCUGUACAGCAGUGCAAACAAGUCCAAUGUGAGUGUCAGCAUGCUGAAUGAUGCCGUGUGAACAUGGGGUUCAUUUUCCCAUGGUGCAUCAGUCGUCACGGAUGAGACGCAUUGGCAUCAUGAUGGUGUAAUGUGUUUGAGAAUGGUGUGUCCUCACCCAUAUCUUCCCGCCCACUGCCAGUGGAUUGCCCGUGCAACAAAAUAAAAGCGUUCGCAUGUUUUCGGGGUGCAGAUCUGAGACGCUAAAAGAGUGUGAGAUAUGCUUGCAUGAUUGUGUCUGUGUAUGCAAAUAAGAAUGUUACAGGGUGCGAGUGGCUGCGUGCGUGUUGCAGAAAGUUAGCGGUGCAAGAGCCUUGGAGGCGUGACUGGGGCAUUCAGUGUGAAAUCUGUGUCAUGUUCGAUGUUUUUAAACCCUGUUGGGCUUUACUCAGAGUCCUCAACCUCCCUGAUAUUUGCUAUUGUAUGUGUUGUAGCCCCUACUAUUCUUGAGUGUCAGUCAGCUUGUUUAUAUCCAUUAAAUAAAAGUGACUUUCUUUCUGA